GUACUCUGGGGCUGGCAAUGUCAAAUUACAAAUGUCAUUUGAUUAAUGUCAACAUGGCUGAUGCUGCAGCAGCUCGUCGCGAAGCUCGCAGAAGAAGAAUAUUAGAAAAUUCUCACAAUAGACUCCAACUAAUAUCUGGAAAAUGUGGCGACGAGCAACCUAGAGAAUCUCCGGUCAGAACCACAAUUCCUGAUCCAAUUCACGAGAUUUCGCAUUCCUCAGACAAUAGCAGUAGCAAGACGUCCCUCAAUAAUGGUGUGAUUAUCUCCGAACCUGAGUCAUUUGAGUUGUUAUCAUCACUCAAUCAUGACAUCGCGGCAGGCGAUGGAGAGGUAUCCAGUGAUUUGGCAUCUUUUGUAUCACCGGCACCAGAGCCUGCGCCAACACCAUCACACUGGGAGAAACUCACUAAUUACAAAUACGAUAUAGUUUUGUUAUCACUUUUAAUUCAAUUACUAUACAGUUUGUCAUUGGUCACAUUCGAUGGUACUUACUUUUUCUUACCAGUACUAGUUUAUGUCAUUACUAAAUUAAUAUGGUUUCCGUCACAAAGUAAUUCUAAACUUGCCAAUGCCUUGCAACUGUUGCAUGUUGUGUCUUCACCUCGAGUAAAGAAAGUUAUUUAUUUGACCCAAUGUAUGGGUGUAAUAUCAUGUGACAUUUGUGUGUAUCUGUUCACUACAAUUUGCAUACAAUCAUUACUCAUUACCUUGAGGGAUGGAUUAAUUACAUAGUAAUUACUUCAUUGGCACCCAUGUUGAGGGCAUUACAUUGACUGAGCAGUAACUUAACAAUAGCAGGCUAGAUUAAACUGGGGUAAGGUUCAAAAUUCAAUGCGGGUGUUAUAAUAAAUCUCUAAUCUUUGUGUACUGAACCACUAAUGUUGAAUUUUGAAAGUGCUCCCAUAAAGUUCCAUAGUUUUGAUUGCUUGUGCCUUUUUACAUAAGUGAGAAGUUGUGACAUGUGUGCGUUUUAGUCACAUAUUGCCAUUUUUAGUUUUAAAUUAGAAUCAAUUUUGUAUAUAGCAGUGUCAACAGAAAUUCUAGUUAUUUUCAUGUAAUUUAAUUAUUGCUGGGUGCACUUCAUUUGUGUUGGACACAAUUAUUAUGUAACAUCACUAUUUUAUAUUUAUUUUUCGCAUUUAAAUUGUAUUUAUUUCAGACAUGAGAGAGUUACAAAUGUACUUGUGGAUAUCAAAUAAUACAAAUUAUAUUCAAUAGUAUGCCAAAUUAGUAAACUAUUUUCAUGCUUUAUACUUGUAAUGAUAUGGUAUUUUGAUAAAGGAAUUUAGUCCUUAUGAAUUAUUAAGGCCUGUGUAACCAAUUUUAUGGCCUGGACAUAUUUUAUAAUCUCGAAAUUUGAUACUGUAUCUAAUGUUGUUAAAUUAGAACUAUACUAACCACAUACAAAAUAUGGCAGUCUGUGACUUGUAGAUUAUUUUUGUAGAUAAUUUUGUUUUUAUUUAUAUUUAAUUGGUUUUUGUUAAAUAAUUUUAACAUUUUCUAUCUAAACACUGCCUUAACCUUUGUAAAUGUGUAUUGUGAUGUAACAAUUUACUAACAAAAUACAAAAAUGCUGCUCCAAACUUACCCAAUAUUAUAUUACUGAUGUAUUGAACCUCAACAACAGAUAGGUACUUCAUAAAAUCUGUACCCUUAGUACGAGUUUGCUUUACAGUGAACGAAAGCGCCUUCAGGACUGAUUGGCCGGUGCUAAUGAACCAAUCAAUCACAGCACAUGACGCGCUCUCAUGAAACAUAAAACAAACUCGUACUAAGCCCUCAGAAUGUCCCAAAUUGUCCCAUAACAUUUAAACUAAUGAUUAAAACUUUUUGGUAAAGGAAUAGGUAUACUCUACAAUUCAGAAUUAAGCUGGUAUGGUAAUACCAAAGAUCUAAAUGCUGUUAUGUUGCCCACCAUAUUGUUAUCAUUUUAAAAAUAUAACUGUUUAUUGUAGAGGGAGGUUUCGACAGGCUGUAAAUAUAAUGCUGAAUAUAGUAGACUGAUGUGAAAAAUAUUUUUGUGAAUAGUCACUUUAUGGUCAAUUCGUUUUCUUGAAGUCUUCCUUCAUAGUUACCUUUGUGAAUAUUCCCUAACAUUGUUAUUCAAAUAAUUUAACUUUUGUCAAAAUAAAAUACGAAAAUGUGAUACUUUAUGCAUGCAAAUAAUGCUUGAAUAUGUAAUUCUGUUCUGUUGAAUAAUUUAGUGUAUCAGCUUAAUUCAUAUUGUAAAUAAAGGUCAUACAACUAUAAAUGAAAUGAUAAAAGUUUAUUUUAAUUAUAUUUUGUAACAUCUUUGAAAUAAAAAACGGUUAUGAAUGGUA